CACACGCAGACGGCACGCGGGAGGACACGCGCGACGAUGGCGAGGUCGUCGUGGAAGUCUCUGUUCGGCUGCUUCAGCUCGCACUCCGCCGCCGCCGCGGCAGCCGCCUCCGGCAAGAGCAGCAAUAAGAAGAGCACCAAGAAGAAGAAGACGAAGGUAGCGGCGUCGGGGAGCGGCAGCAAGCCGCGGAGGCCGAGCCGGUCGCUGCACGGGCGGAUGUCCUUCUCGGACCUGAGCCUCAACGGCGGGAUGGUGUCGCCGGAGGACCUCUCGCUGUCGCUCGUCGGCUCCAACCUGCAUGUCUUCACCAUCGCCGAGCUGCGCGCCAUCACCAGGGACUUCUCCAUGACCAACUUCAUCGGCGAGGGAGGCUUCGGCCCCGUCUACAAGGGCUACGUCGACGAGAAGGUCAAGCCCGGCCUCCGCGCCCAGCCAGUCGCCGUCAAGCUGCUCGACCUCGAGGGAAACCAGGGGCACAACGAGUGGCUGACCGAAGUCAUUUUCCUGGGGCAACUGAGGCAUCCUAACCUGGUCAAACUGAUCGGUUACUGCUACGAGGACCAGCACAGGCUCAUCGUCUACGAGUUCAUGACCAGGGGCAGCCUCGAGAAACAUCUCUUCAAAAAGUACGCCGCGUCGCUGCAAUGGUCAACACGGCUGAAGAUCGCCGUCGGCGCUGCCAAAGGGUUGGCCUUUCUCCAUGAGGCCGAGAACCCGGUCAUCUACAGGGACUUCAAGACCUCCAACAUCUUGCUAGACUCGGAUUACAAAGCGAAGCUUUCGGAUUUCGGGCUAGCCAAAGAUGGACCUGAGGAAGACGAGACGCAUGUCUCGACCCGGGUCAUGGGCACGCAAGGGUACGCUGCACCCGAGUACAUCAUGACAGGCCAUCUGACCGCGAAGAGCGAUGUGUAUGGUUUCGGCGUGGUCCUGCUGGAGCUCCUAACGGGACGCAAGUCCGUCGAUAAGAACCGACCACCGCGGGAGCAGAACCUGGUGGACUGGGCACGGCCGUACCUGAACGACUCUCGGCGGCUGGACCGUGUCAUGGACCCGAACCUUGCCGGACAGUAUGCCGGAAAGGCCGCGCAGAAGGCAGCAGCACUGGCGUACCAGUGCGUGAGCCUAAACCCCAAGUCUCGCCCGCACAUGUCUGCAGUGGUCGACGCUCUGGAGCCACUCCUCGCCCUCGAAGACGACGGCCUAGUUGGUCCGUUUGUGUACGUGGCACCACCCGACAAUGGUGGCAAUGAUGGCAGGGAGGGAGGCCACACGAGACGAGCAGGCCGGAGAAGGUCCCAAGAUGCAGCAGAUUCUGUUGCCGUUGUUGUGGAGCGUGUGUGAUGGUAUGAGUAGACAUUAUUUGGAGCUUGCAUCAAACAAUAGCGCACUAAAUUGAAAUUGGAAUGUUUGUGGAAUCAUGGUUGCAUUUAUAACCUCAGAAAGAGAAGGAGAAGCUUGGAGAACUAGAGAUUGUAAAGAAAAUAGGCCAUCUCUUAUUUCACACAAAAAGAGAUACUUGCAUAAGAAUGCACUUCAGUACUGUAGCAUUUUACUUUUCUUGGGAGUUUUAGGAAAUAGGCUGACUUGUGAAACGAGAGUACGCAACAUAUAGUUAUCGGUAUAUGUAGGUUGCAAUCUAUGUUUUCCAUAUUAGACUUGUAAUAAGGGUUGUAUAGGACAUGUUAUAAUAUACCAGCUGUAUUCUACCCAACUCUUGUAUGCCACCGUAGGGGCUAUUCCCACACACAUAUUAACAUGUAACCAAGCACAUGGAGAGGGUAUCGUUCAAUCCCAUCUCAA